GCAUGGCCUCCGUUCGGUAGUGUGGCGCCUGCGCGCCGGCCGGCUGGUGUCAUGGGGUCGUGCAGAAGGGGUUCGGGCGGCGCCCGUGCAGCUGCUCAGUUGCGCGCCGGGUUGUUGGUGUUGUGACUCACAUGGGACAGAGACGCGCCCAGGACCCGUGAACAGGAGACAUCGAGUGUCCAGUCGCGGACAAUUGAGCGGUUCACGGAUAUUCAGUGAAACGUAAGAUCGAGCAGUGCCCAGAGUGACAGAAAUACUGGGUGGUGUUGAUUGACUUCUGCGAAAAAAUCCAACCAAGAAGACAGCUUUGAAACGUCAAGUUUCCUAUCAUAGCCAAGUUGUUUAUGACGCUGUUGAUCAUUUCAUCUUAGUAUACUGAAGCAACGAUGGGUCGGCGCCAGCGCGGCAUCACCGACACACUGCCGCAGACAGUGCGUCGGAACAAUGCUAAGAACGAGCGGAAGACGAUGGCGGCCCUGGCCGAGAACAUCUGGUCGUCGGUCGAGUCGGGCCGAGAACGGCGGCUCAGGCUGGCCUGCGAGCGGCACUACGGCCUGGGGGGCCAGCCACGGGUCCCAAGCAAAUUGAAUGAGACAGCACUUUCGAGCAAGUCCGCUGAUGAAAUCCCGGCCUCCAGCCAGCCGGCCGAAGUCACAGCACCCAGCCAGGCGAGAGAUGAGGUUUUGGCACUCUGCCAGCCAGUUGACAAAACGUCAACAACCAGUCAUCCGACGGAUGAAGUCCCAGCAGCAAGUCAUCCGACGGAUGAAAUCCCAGCAGCUAACCUGUCACUUGAUAAAAUACCGGCGCCUGGGACGCCGACUCCGGAAACCCUAUCACCCACACAGCUAAGUCAUGAAAUUCCGGCACCCAGCCAGCUGCUGGAUAAAGUACCAGCGCUAAGCCAGGGUGAACAGCCACAUGAGCCCAUAGAGCUGAGUGAACAGCCCACUGAAGCUCCGGUGUCAAGUGGGCAGAUCUUCGCAGCUCCGGCGCAAGGUGAGGAGCCCGCUGAACCUCUCUCACCAAAUGAGUACGCGAGCGAAACCCUGUUGCCAGAUGCCAAGGUUCCAGAAUCGAGGGAGCAGACUGCUGAAGACCUCAUGAAGGGUGCAAAGUCUGCCGCAACCUUGAUACCAAAUGGUCAGUCCACUGACACCCCUGUGCGGAACACGCAACCUGAUGAACCCACCGUGCAGAGUCAGCAGCCUGCCGAAACCCCAUCGCCAAGUAAGCAGCCGCUUGAAGUGCCGGUAAAAAGUGAGUGGACCCCGCUUGAAGCAGCGGUACCAAGUGAGAAGCCUGUUGAGGUGCUAACAUCGAGUGACCAGCUUGUUAAAGUCCCGGCACCAAGUGAGCCCCCAGCUAAAGCCGUAGGCCCAGACGAGCUGCCUGCUGAAGCGCCGGUGUUUAUUGAAAAACCUCUCGAAGAUUUGCUACCAAGUGGACAACUUCCUGAGGCCCCCGUACCAAGUGUGCGGCCGACCGAAAUCCUGACACCAAGUGAGCAGCCUACCGGAGUCCCGGUAAUAAGUGAGCAGCUGGUUGAAACUCUCAUACCAAGUGAACAGGCCGUCGAAGUCCCGGUACAACAUGAACAGCCCUGUGGAGCCUCGGCACCGAAUGAACCGCCUACUGAAGCCUCGGCACCACCUGAAGCGUUUACACCGAGUGAGCAGCCCGGUGAAACCACAACACCAGACGAACAACCCCCUGAGACUCCGACACCGAGUAAGCAAUCAUUUGAAGCCCUGAUACCAUGCGAGCAGCUUGUUAAAGUCAUGUCAUCAGAUGAGCAGUCUGUUAAAGUCCCGUCAUCAGAUGAGCAGUCUGUUAAAGUCUCGUCAUCAGAUGAGCAGUCUGUUAAAGUCCUGUCACCAGAUGAGCAGUCUGUUAAAGUCCCGUCAUCAGAUGAGCAGCCCGCUGAAGGUCCGGUACGAAAUGAAAAGCCAUCUGAAGCACCGGUACAGACUGAGCAGGUGGUUACUGCUACGCCGGCAACUGAAGACGCUGAAAUGCAGAGUACUGACGUACGUGGCCAUACCUCAAAGAAGAAGAGCAAGAAGGCAAAGCAUUCCGCUAGCCAGCAAGAUCCUCCUGUUCAAGAUAAAACGAUUCCGCAAAACGAACUCGCUAAGGAUCAAAAGCAUGGAGAGAAGGUGAAGGGAGAAAAGAGACACAAACGCCAUAAAGGCAGGCGGAAGACGUCUGAAGAAGAGCCCGACAUUCCUGUCACCCCGACACAGGGGGGCGAAAUGGGUGCACCACUAGUGACCGAUGUUGCGGCAGUAUCUUUGGAACCUUGCACUACAGGUCGGAGUCAGGCAGUAACCGACCAAUGUAGCCCAAGUAACGGUAUCACAUCAACGCCCAGCCCUGCAGGGAUCCACUCAAAUGGUCUGAGUACAGACUGUGCUUCUCCGGAGCCCAAUGCGCUGGAAGUUACGGGCGACCAGUGGACAACUGUAGAGACGAAGAAGGGAAAGCGAAGGAGAAAGCGCAGCGAACGGAAAGGUGAGCCGGAAACGGUCACUCAAGGACAAGAACAGACGCUUGAUGCCCCAUGUGACGACGGGCUUCAGACAGAAGUGAAGACAGAAGACGCAACGACGCAACCCAGUUUAACGACAGUACCCCUGUCAAACGUCGAUGGGUCGCUAAAUGCACAGUUUCCUCCAAAUGGUACGCCCAACGGAAAGCCGCAAGGAAUGGAAGAAGAAAUGUCAGGGCAUGCCAAUGAGCACUUGUGCACGCCAAUGACUUCUGUGCACGCCGCGACGGGGGCCGUCUUAGAGGGCACUGUGCCUUCAGAAAAGGGAGUCCAGGAACCAAAUGUGACCGCCGGAACAGCAAAGGAUGCGCUUGAACAACUGAUGUCGUCGGUGAGCAACCUAAGGGAGCAGUUCAAGGGGGCUCUCGAGGCCAAAAACAAAAGAAAACAAGAAUCAUCGACAGCGGCCGAAAGUGCGAUCACUCGAGUGGAACCUGAAACAAAACCAGCAGGCAUUUGUGGUGAGGCGCUGGAACCUGCAAGAGAUGUCUUCGACCUAUUGCUGUCAUCUGGAGAUGAUCUAAACCAGGGUUUUGAGGAAUCGUUUACGUUCGAGGAGCCAGCAGCAACCGAGCCUGUCAUUCAGAGCACGAUGACUGAAGCUUCCGAAGCAGAAAAGGUCUUUUCAGAACAAAACACGGGAAAGAACGAGAACACAGCGCAUGACUUCGAUUGUCUAACGAUACAAGGAGAUAAUCGGACCGAGGGCCUUGCUCCUGCUUCUGAAAAGGAAGAAAUCGCACAAGCCGGUGAUGAAUACGAUAGGCGAGCCAUCAAGGAGAAGGCAGAAGCCGCACCAGAUGCAUUUGAUCUGCUUAUGUCAGCUGACGACGCCCUGGGGGAGGGUUUCAAGGACGCUUUUGAAUCGGACGACUCGCCAGUUCCAGACUGGAGAAGCACAGAUGCCACAACAGUAGAAACCAAAGGACAGUUGAUCCACGAAAUGGGUAAGAUGGAUACCGCACCAAACGGUACACCGCCGUCAGCUGGGAAUGAUUCGGGACAGGAGUUCGAGGAUGCUUUCCAAUCCAAAGAUCCACCAAUCGAGGAAGUGCACAUAAGGGAGACGGAGGCAGAUCAAAAAUUGGAAUCAAAACAGGAAUCCACCAAAAAGCCAAGGAUGGAAGAAGCCACGCUAGACGUCUUUGACCUCUUGACGUCAGGUGGAGAUGACUUGGAGGAGGGAUUCAAAGAGGCUUUUGAGUCCGAAAACACAUUAAACAAGGAGCCGAAAACAGCAGACAACGUAGCCGAACUUAUUGGUUCUGACGUGUUUCCAACAGAGGAAAUGGCUGUAACAGAACCAGAUAUCAUUGAUCUCCCGACGUCUGUUGGAAAGGACCUGAACGAGGGAUUCACUGAUGCUUUUGAAUCCGAGAAGGCGUCAAUCAAGGAAACAAAAGUAGUGGAUGCCACGUCCGAUUCCAAGGAUUCCACAGCGCCGCCAAUUGAGGUGCACGAUGAGAAAACAGAGGAUGUUUUUGAUCUCCUAAUGUCAGCCGGUGAUGACUUGGAGGAGGGAUUCAAAGAUGCAUUCGAGUCCGGUGACGCGUCAAUCCAAGUCUCAAAAGUGGCAUGUGCCACAACGGAUGCUUUCGCCAAUGAAACGCCACUAACGGGGCAACUGGAAGAUCCAAAAGCCGUACCAGACGCUUUCGAUCUGCUGUUGUCAGCUGGAGACGAUCUGGAGGAAGGGUUCAAAAAUGCCUUUGAAUCCGAAGACCAGGAAAAGAAAGCGGCGGAGACCACAGCCACAGCCGAGAAAAUUGUGGAGGCGACGGACCCUAAAGACGGUAUCUUGAAUGUGGUGCCAACUCUGGACGUCGAUCAAGUUCCAAAAGUGGCAUGUGCCACAGCGGAUGCUUUCGCCAAUGAGAAGCCACUAAGUGAGCAACUGGAAGAUCCAAAAGCCGUACCAGACGCUUUCGAUCUGCUGUUGUCAGCUGGAGACGAUCUGGAGGAAGGGUUCAAAAAUGCCUUUGAAUCCGAAGACCAGGAAAAGAAAGCGGCGGAAACCACAGCCACGGCCGAGGGAAUUGUGGAGGCGACGGACCCUAAAGACGGUAUCUUGAAUGUGGUGCCAGCUCUGGACGUCGAUCUGGACAGCGAAUGCAGAUACCUCAAGGCCGAAGGACAGCCGACUAAUAAAGCCUCAAAAGCUCCAGAAGAGACAGCAGAUGCAGACGCUACUGCCAAAAACGGCAAACUUGGUGACAAGGCUCCGCCAGAUACAACUCCGGUGCCGAUAGAAGGGCCUCAUCUGUCUCAAGAGCAACCUACUGGGCAGGCGGGAGAUCCUGCACGACCAACGCUGGACGUUAGUAAGUCAGGUCGAAAGGAGAAAAACAAAGGCACAAGACCUAAGGCAAAGAAGGAAACAAGGCGUGUCCAGAAAGACGAAUCUCGUAUCAGCAAAGAACUAGCAGGCGAAGAUCAGCAAGAUUCACCAGAUACAAGCGAAGCGAGCGCAGAUCAAGCGAGUGAGAAGCACGAGCACGAGCCAGGAGAAAAGGUGAAAACAGAGGAAAACGUGGCAUCAAAACCAGAUCGCUCCUUAGCAGAAGCGCUGGACAUACAGGGUCACUGGUGGUUCGAAAAGGCUGUAUACGACGCGGCUGAAGCACGACAUUACGAGGCGCUAUCACGGCGAACUGGUUCCGAUUGCACGGCUACCAGCGACGAGUCUUUGAUCCCAUCGAACACGUCAAACGAACACGCGGGGUCCGACAAACCCGAACACGACCCCGCCGCGCCAAAACACGACGAGAGUUUGGCGCGCAGCAGUAGCCACGGCAGCAACAAAAGUUUUCCAUUGUACGAAGGCUGUUGUGAACAUUUCAGCGCAGAGGACGAGGAAGCAAGCGGCGACGAGGUCGUUCUCUGUGAGGAAGACGUCUCUCAGGAAGUCUGGAUCGAGAGCAAGUUAUACAAGGACACCCAUGCGACAAAGAACGCGGAGACGCCGGCUGAAGUGUCUCACAGACCACCAGACAGCGCCACAGCCGUGGACCACACACUCUGUUCAGCUCGCCUGUCUGCCGACCCGACAGCCGUUGCCGAGCCGCUGACCGUCGUCCCCUCGGAGCUCAGCGUGAACGCAAGUGGGCCGCCGCGCGCGUCACCGUCGCCGCCGUCGGACGGCACGCGAUCACGGCGCAGCACGUUCAACUCGGCCACCUCGCCCCUGUCGCCGCCGGCGGAGCUGGACGACGUCUACUUCGAGGACGUGGUGCUGGCGGGCAGGCAGAGUGACGUCACCAUGGCGGCGCUGCCCGGCUUCACCGCCUCACCGCUCAGCGAGGGGUUGGCGCCGGGCGAACAGCUCGACAGCCUGCGCACCGAGCCCGACCUGGACCUGAGCGAGCCGGGGACGGCCGACACCCUGGACGAGGGUGACGAGGGCGGCGAGCACCCUUUCUCCUACGACAGCCCGCCUGGCCGCGAGCAGCGGCCGGCGGCGCAUGGCGAGCUGGCGUCGCUGGUACCGAGCGACGGGCUGCAAAAGCCAGCUGCAGGGUUUCAGGAGCUGAUCCUGACGGCGGAGGUGCCGGCGACAGAGCUGAAGACAGACAUAAUCUUUCCGGAGCUGGACAAGGGUGUGACGAAAGUUGCGUUGGUCUCGGAGAUUCCGACACCAGGUAUUCGCACAGAAAUACCUCCCGUGUCUCUCCCCGCGGAAGCAGAAGCGCUGUCACAGACUCUGAAUCCGACACUGAUACCGGCUGCAGACAUACCAAAGUCCCCUAUGUCCACAGAAAUACCUCCCGUGUCUCUGGGUGUAGAUGUAAAUUCAGCUCAGGCUGCACGAGAACCAGAGCCAGUCCGGACGGCAGAAACACUGGCGUCGAAGGAGGCUUCCGAAAAAGCCGCUACGUCCGUAACUGCCGGGCUGACAACACCAGCUCAGGCAGCCCGUGACCUAGCGCCGGUGUUGGCAUCAACCCCAAUCCAAGGCGGCGCCAGGAGCACUCCCACCACCUCCGACAAAACGGAAGAGCGUCACGUCCACAAUGUGUGUGAGUCAUCGCCGAUGCACGCAAACAAUGACGAACGACGUAGUCAAGAGAAAGAAGAAGGUGCGAGGGACAACAACCAGCCAGUGACAAGCUUAGGAGCAGAUGACCCCAAAGGAAAUGAGAUAAAUGGUAAACUAGGUCUAAACGAGGAUGGCACAGCAUCGCCGAAAGACUCCGACGAGGACGCCCUAAAGUUUACUAGUCAGAACGCACCUCGCUCCCCCGUCGCCAUUAAAAGGUUAAACAGGAGGAAGAAGCCACGAACCGGAGGAAACAGGAAUGAUGCAGCUUGGCGUGAGAGGCGGACAUCCGCAGAGGAAGUUACAUCGCUUCAAGCUGAAGGAGAUACCACGAAUAAUGACCCUACGGGAACUGCAGCAGCUCCAAAAAAGUCACGGCAAGACGUUACCACAUUCGCCAGGACGCCAUCUACCGACGGAUCUGACGGCACGCAGUCGUCCAACACCUCCCAUACAACCGUCAUCCAAUCUGAAGCUAAAAAUGGUGUCGUCGACUCCAGUGAGAUCAUCCAAACCACCAGCCGACAGGCGGCCAACAAUCCGGCCCCAGUUCAGCCAGAGUCGUCGGCGGCCGUGAGCCCCGGCCCAUCGUCGGAGUCGGGUACGCGGCCGCGGCCGGUCGGGAGCUCCCGGCCCGUGCUGGCCGACCGCACGCUCUUCUUGCCCAGUGACGAGGGACGCACGUACGCCUCGCUAAUGCAGCAGGGCGCCGACAUGCAGCCAGCUCGGCCCGUCUUCCAGGCGCACGCCUGUCACGUCUGCAAGCGGCUGCACACCAAGCAGCACCGGCUCAAGUCGUGCGGCAACUGCCGGCUGGUGGCCUACUGCUCGGCCGAGCACCAACGCGCGCACUGGCCGCUGCACCGUGCCCUCUGCAAGGUCAUCACUAAGCGCAUGCGACACCUCGGUACCGACCACCUGUACCGGGAGGCGCUGAAUGUGGCCAGCCCCGAGCAGUGGAAGAAGAUUCGCUUCAAGCACAUGGCCGUGUGCGAGGAGAUGCUUGACCGCCCAAUGGAGGCCUACGAAAAGGAGAUGUUCCUGUACCCACGCGCCUGCGACACGUGCCACGAGACGAACCCGGACAAGCUGCACACUUGCACCAGCUGCCACUCUGUCAGCUUCUGCAACGAAACUCACCUGCGUAAGAACCACGGCAAGUUCUGCAAGGACCUGCGCAUGCUGCUCGACAUCCAUAGUCAUCAGAACAUGCACGGCGUGUGCGACCCGUCCCUGCCCGACACCGUGCUGACGACGUACGAGCCGCUGCCACCGCACAUCCGCGAGUUCCUCGUGGUCGGCCUGCUGGGGCCGCAGCGCGCCUUCAGCAUGGGCGCCGUCGAGCUGGCCGUUCUCUCCGACUGCGCCUCGUACCCGCUGUCGCUGCUGUACGCGCUGCAGAACAUCCCCACCACGCCCGAGGGCCACAUCAGCCAGCUGACCGAGCUGACCGUGCACGUGGUCGGCGCCGAGUUCGCCACCGACUGCGACCCGAUCGCGCGCUGGGACGUCUUCCUGCUGAACGUGCUGCCGCGGCUGCGCCGGCUGCACGUGGUGUUCGUGGGGCCCGAGCUGGAGGUACCCGGCAGCCGACCGGGCGUCACUGAGCAGGACUUCACGUGCGCGCCGUGCCGCGCCGCCGGCAAGCGCUUCACGUGCGAGUUUCAGCCGAGCACAUCCUACCACACGUACUGCCGCAGCCCGCAGUUCCGGCCGCCGCACGCCAUCUGCGCCUUUAACGCUGGUCUGCACCGCUUCGCCGGCCACGAGCGGCGCGACACGUGGCGCGAGACACUGCCCUACCUCGUGCCCGACGGCGUGCCGCUCGUGCUGACCGGCUACACGCUGCUCGAGUGUCCGCAGGACGUGGCACGCAUCCAGCUGGAGCAGAAGGUGGACGUACUGCUGCCGCCGAUGAAGAACCCAUACCGCAGCACGCGCCCGCAGCAGAACUUCCUCAGCGAGCACGAGGCGCCGGUUGUGUUCAAGAACCAGUACGUGGCCUGCCUGACGGCCGCCGCCAGGGCCAGGAAGUAGCACCCAUGGUGUCAUGCCUGGCGGGGGCAUGGUGAGACAACGCGGCGGUCUCAGUCCGGGUGUCCGGGACCAGGCGGCCUCGGCGGUCGGCUGGUGGUAGACACGACGUCUCUGAGACGAGGCCACGGCCGCGCUCCGAUCAGCGGCGGUGUCGUGCUGUGCGGUGAAUCAUGGCGCGGUGCUGCGUUAGCGGUUCUUGUGGUUCUAGGCCAAGGGCGAAAACUGGACUGAAAAGCCCGAAGCCUUUGAACAUGUCGGGUACUUCAGCCGCGGCACGCGUUUGUGCUCAUCAGGGACGAGGGAGCGCCCGAAUCCAGUCGCACAUCAAUCCAGACUGAACCGUUCCCUGCACUGGCGAUGGGAGAGUGGUGCCUGCGAAGUCCGUAGGACAGAGUCCAUGCUUCUGAAUCUGUCAGCUGUGAAAACGUGCACUCGGAACCAUGGGAGCGCGGAUCAACGUAUUCGGGGUCAAGUAGCUGUGAAAAGUCAUUGCGUGUGGUCGCGUGCCUUACUCAAUAAACGUCAAACUGCU